AAGACAGGAAGCGGCCGUCUCACCUUCGGGAGCGCUGAUGAAAGUGAGGACGUGAAAAAGAAGAUGAAAGGCAAGAAAUCGGCGAAGAACAACAUUUAGUCGCCGCUCUCUCUCGACCAAUCAUCUUCUUCCAUUCCAACUUAAGCCCCUCCCCCGCCCUCGUUCAUUGAUACACACGGAGAAAAAGAAGAAGAAGAAGAAGAAGAAGAAGAAGAAGAAAAAGAAAAAGAAGAAGAAGAGAUUCCAACUCCUCCCCCACACUAAAACCCGCCAUGACACUGCUGGCCUCCGAGAGGUCCCUUCUCAUCCGGAACAAGUUCCGCUCAGUGCUGCAGUUGAGGAUCCAGAACCGAAGGCAGAGUGAGAUCCAUGCGGACCCCGGCUCAAAAUCAUCUACUUCCUGUCAGGAAAAAGAGAUGGACAAGAGUGGCGCUCUGCGUUUAACAGACGAGGGCGCCGCCCAGAAAACACCCCCUAGUGGCGUCAAGGCUGAAACUGCACAAGAGAAGAGCGACUGCGGCGUCCCCAGGCAGAGGAAGUCUCGCCGGGUCCAGGACCUCAGAGAGGGGAUCCAAGAUCCACCUGGAUCACAGGGGCGCAGAGACAAACCGCCGCCAGGGAACGGCGCCGCCGCUUUCCCGCCCGCCGCAGACGUCUUCGAAGAUGACGUCUCCCGCUGCUCCGCCUCUUCCUCCUCCGCCUCCUCGCCGAGGGCUCGGCAGGCGGCGGCCGUGGCGACAGCGGACAGCCAAUCACAGAGUGACUUGUCGUCUGCGGCCACGCCCCUCAACCACAGCCCGGGUCACACUCAGACUGGUUUGGCGUUUCUACCGGCAACCGAGGGAAUCAGUUCACCAAUGAGCAACUCCACGGCGACCACCAGCAGACCAACCGGGAUCUUCCUGAUCUCUCAGACCACGCCGCUGCUGCCAAAGACAGCUCGGCCUCAGAGUCCUUCCCCUUCCCUGACGUCCGCCUUCAACCUCAAGCACCUCGGUCGCUCACGGAAGCCGCGGGACAGCAAACCCAAAAUGAAGAAACUCAAGUAUCACCAGUACAUUCCUCCGGACCAGAGAAGAGGUUCUGGGGUUGCAGGGGAAGGAAGCAAACAGAGGAGCCCUCCUUCCCAGCCUCUAGACCCAGCCUAUUCCCAUCUGGUCAAGCAGCAGCAGGUCUUUCUGCAGUUGCAAAUCAUUCAGAACCAGCAGCAAGAACAACAAGUCACUGUUGUGCACAGUAGAGAUCAAAAUUCAUCUGGAACACUCCGCCUGAAGCCCCAUCCUGCUGCCACCAACCACGCGUCAAAGGACACCAACCUUGUGUCCAAACAUGACCUCCUCCCUGCAAAUCUCAUGGAUCUUACAGUGUCAGAGUUGAGGCAACAGCUGCGUAAGCGAGGCCUCCCCGUCUCUGGCACUAAGCCCGCCCUGCUGCAGCGACUUCGCCCUUUUCAGCUUCCCCCCACUUGUGUCACUCCCGCUCCCCUCUACCAGCUAGGGGGCAGCAUUGAGCCCUCCAUGACUCCCUCGCAUCCAAUGCUGGUCAACCGGAGCCCAAGCUCAAGCUGCAGCUCUGGAAACUCACCAGGCAGCAGCCCAAACCAGCAGACAUGCAUCCAGGAUCAGGAAGUCCCCAAUGGCAUUCUGAACAUUGUCCCAAAUGGUCUCUGCAGUGGUCUCUCUGUCAGUCUGGCUGGUGAACAGUGCAGUUCUAUCAAUGCGGUCUUCUUGGGUCCUGCUUGUACCGCCUCUGGAGCACCAAGUCCCAGUCUACCCUUGUCAUCUUCUUCACCCGUGCAGUGUGGAACCCCAUGGAGGACUGAGUUAGGUUCCGACUUGGACCACAAAGAGAGGAUAAAUAGCAGGGCAAAAGAUGCAUAUACCGAGUUUUGCAAAGGAUCCCUUCAUCCAUUCCUGCAACAGGAUCCAGGAUGCUCGCAUACCAAGCCAGAAAAAGAAGCACAAACAAAGGUGUUAUUCACAGAGGUGUUCUGCUCCAAGCCUUGUGACAUGAUAGGCCGGGACUAUGAGUUGCCAGUGCAGAUCACAUCAAGCCCUGACCAAAACUCGCCAGGCAUUCGCAGUUUGGAGGAGGAACUCCUGGAGGCCAUCCAAAAAGCACAGAUGGACCCUCGACAGUCCAUAGAAGACAUUUUGGAUGAGCCCUUUGUUUCUGUUGACUCAAAGAUCCCUACCCCCUCACCCCUUUCUCCACCUCCUCAAGUUGAUCCCCCCUUGAAGUCCCAGCAUCAAUUUAAGGAUGCCAACUUCCUGCCCUCCCCUCUUUGCUCCUCUCUCCUCCUGGAGCUGCCCCCAUCUCCCGCUGUGAUCCCGCCGAGUCAGGUCAUCCCAGCGCUCUUGCCUCCCCUGAUUUGCAACUCCCCUCCUCUGGCGUCUGCGGCCGGAAAGUCGCGUAAACGUCGCGCCCAGGCCAUGAUCGACGCCGCUGACAUCCUGGAGACUCUUACGUCCGGCUUCAGGCCUCUCACACCACCGGCGGCACCCUUCGGGGAGACGGACUUCGGUCUGGAUUCGGAUCUGAACAUCAAUCGAGUGUUGGAUCUGAUGAUAGAGCAGUGGUGAGUGUGAGUCAGCAUCCGUCACUGCGACUGUCGGAAUCAUCGACUCCACGCAAUGUCGGGAGUGUGAUUCCUUGCGGCCAUGAUAAACACUCACACUCUCAGCCAACGCAGAAUGUUGCUAAAAAGCACUUUGGCCAGAUGGACACGCUCCAUAGCGCCAUGUUUGCGGUGCAGAAACAAAAGACAACCUGCUCCUGCAAUGUGUAUCCAAAGCACUGGGUAGUUUUUCUUUGACCUUGCUCCAAAACCUAUCGUCCGUCUGGGCUAUAAAAGCCAGACAGGGCAUAUGCAGCUUGACUCUGGCUCCAAAACCUUCACCUUCAUGCCAGACUCACAGAGCUGGCAUGCGCCAUCAAACAAGAAAGUGAUUAAAGCAAGCACUUGCGUGUGUGUGUUGUCAAACUGUGUGCAACACAAAAGUCUAGGAAAGCACUUGUCCGAGUAUGUUUGCUUGGUUGAAGACAUAAGCCGUCAACUAUUUCGGCAACACAUUUGUCCCCACACCAGGCAGCUUCCCAAAAACGGCUCCAAUCAGAUUUUUCCAUCCAUCCAUUUUCUACCGCUUGUCCCUUACGGGGUGGCUGGAGCCUAUCUCAGCUGCAUUCGGGCGGAAGGCAGGGUACACCCUGGACAAGUCAACACAGAUAGACAACAUUCACACUCACAUGUCUUUGGAGGUGGGAGAAAACCGCAGUACCUGGAGGAAACCCACGCAGUCACGGGGAGAACACGCAAAUCCCACACAGAAAGAUCGGGAGCUCAGGAUCCAACCCAGGACCUUCGUAUUGACCCCUGUUCCACCGUGCUGCCCUGGGGAGGUGUUUAAGGCACGUCCGACCGGUAAGAGACCACAUGCAAGACUCAGGACACGGUGGAGAGACUGUGUCUCCCAACUGUCCUGGGAACGCUUCGGGAAGAUUCUGGGAUAAGUGAAAGAGAAUAUGGAUGGAUGGAUAAGAAUCUACCGAUCAGAUACUUUACCACCGUAAAUAACAAUUAUAGUCGUUUAUUUACCUGAACCACAAAGUGGAGAUGGAAGCAGAAGAUAAUCAGAGAGAAGCUUCUAAAACACGUAAAGAAUAGAUUAUGUUCCCCAUAACCCGGUCUUUAUUUUUUACAGCUCUCCUUCUGGAUUGGCGUGUAGUUCCAUGCCAAAAUGCUAAGGGGUGUUAGUGAGAGUGAUCAAACACACCUCAAACGUAU